AUGGGAAGGGUGUUUAAGAAGUUUCGCCUUCAGAAAGCAAAGGAGCGAAGAGUCAAGAAUGACAAGCCAAGAGUGGGCAAAUUGCAAGAAAUAAUCAGCCACAAGAAGGAGCACGACGAUGUCGAAAAGAUUUUUUAUUGUCUCAAUGUUUCUGGCAGAAGAAGAAUGGCAUAUCGAAGAAUACUAGACUUGGAUGAAAUUGAGUUGCAAAAGAAUAUAUUUAUUGUGUCUGAGAAAAUACUAGAUGUUGUUGUAAACUUUGAUCCAAUAGACAAAUUGUUCUAUCCUGCAUUCAAAAGAAUACUUGGGUUGAAAAACAGUUAUGCAAUACACGGCUUACUUAUUGAUUAUUUUAUUGCAUCAAUUCUUUCUAGUGUAAAGCAUCAGGAGUUUGGGAUGUUUUUACUUAAACAAGUUCCUCAACUGUUAUUCAACAACAAAGGCAGAAUAACCGAUUCUCUUCCAAAUGGAGAGCUUAAAUCAAAGAUAGAAAGUCUGAAAGGAAAGGUCAAAUGCCCUGUAAUCAAAUUUGAUCAAAAAUACACACUACUGAAAGAAAAUAUCAUAUUAGAUUAA